GCGGGGAUGCUGCGGGCGCCCGAGCUGCGGCCUGGGGAACCCGAGCCAGAGCCCGAGGCUGAAGCCGAGGCGGCUGGCUGCAACCCCCAGGCCUCGCGGCCGACCGUGUCCAAGCCGCUCACGUCCUUCUUUAUCCAGGACAUCCUGAGGGACGGCGCAGAGCGGCUGGGCGGCCACUCCGGGCGCCCGCAGCCCCCGCGCCAGCUCGUCCCGCGGCGGGAUCCUGAGCCUGAGCUCAAGGGUGGACGAGGCUGCGUCAGGGAGGCGGAGACGCUGGUGGAGGCUCAGCCAGACAGGCACUUGGAGACGUACCUGUUGGACUGUGCCGCCUCCCCCGGCGCCUUACCAAGUCUUCCCCAGGCCCCCAAGCAGCCGCAGAAGCGCUCCCGCGCUGCCUUCUCCCACACUCAGGUCAUCGAGCUGGAGAGAAAGUUCAGCCACCAGAAGUACCUUUCUGCCCCGGAAAGGGCCCACCUCGCCAGAAACCUCAAGCUCACCGAGACCCAAGUGAAAAUAUGGUUCCAGAACAGACGCUAUAAGACUAAGCGAAAGCAGCUCUCCUCGGACCUGGGGGAUCUGGAGAAGCGCUCCUCCCUGCCAGUCCUCAAGGACGACAGCCUCUCCCGGGCCUCUCUGGUCUCGGUGUACAACAGCUACGCUUACUACCCACACCUUUACUGUCUGGGCAGCUGGGGCCCCGCUUUUUGGUAAUGGCAGCUGUCAGCCUUGUAUGGUGGAAGUUGUCUUCCCCAGGGAGGAGGGACUGAGGUCGGGUGUGCUGGAGAGAGCCAGGUGUAUAGAUCCAAGCUGUUGGGGUUUACAAGGAGCUCUUCACUGCUGAGCCAAGGAGAGACCUAGGGCAGCGACUAUUUUAAUAUCUAAACAGUUCCCCCAGUGCACACUGAAGACCAUUGUUGCUUUCAGCACCUGUUGGAAGGGAAGAGAGAAGUCAGUGCCCCUUCCAGCACUCAGCACAACUUUGAAUGAGCUGUCUGCACUGCUUCCGAGGAUCUGUUCUCUGCAGCUCCAGCCUCUUUGGGUUACUGAGUGUGGACUUGGAAAAAGCCAAACUUAGGGGGAAAGGAUGUUGCCUACCGAAUUAAGCUGCAGUUCAAAGCCCUCUUGUUGGCCUUGGAAUAUGACCAAGGUCAUUCUGUGUCCUCGUAAAAAUGAGGGCACAUGAGGAUUUCAAAGAACCACUCCCAACAGGCUGGCAUGGGAUAUGGGGGUGGGGCAGUGAAAAUAUCAGCUGCUCAUUUCUUUUCCAAAAGUGAUCUACUUUACAUAUUUACAGGGUGGCCUCCAAAGAACAAGAUGCACGCACUGUGGCAUUUAAGACAAGCUGUGUAAACAGGACUGGACUGCGAGGGGUGGGGCCUGCUAGAAGACUCCGCUGCAGGGGGCUCCUCCACACUUCUUGCUAGGCCUGUGGCCUUCACAUUAGCACAAGGUGGCCACCUCUGCUAACCUUUUCUGCCCAGGCUGGAGAAUUUAGGAUCAGAGGUUCCUGCAUUAUUGAGGCUAGAAUUUGUGCU